AGGGUGGUCAAGCAACUUUUCAGCACUGCAUGCAACGUGUUGACCUAGAUAGGAGCCAAGAGAAGCUGCAAGGAGCCCUCACAGAAGACCCAGCUUAAAGCUUGGGGGGGUUGCAAACAGGGUUCCGGGUAGCUAUUCUAGAGCCAAAAUAGAUCCCUUCAAAAGACAAGGGGGAGCAGGGCAAGGGGCAAUGAUGUGGCCAAAUUUUUUCCUCCAGGACGAGGAGGGGCGCAUGGGGGGGCGCACGCGGGCAGGGGUCAAGCGGCGCAAGGUCCUGACGGAUGAGCAAGAGGGCAAGAUCAAGCUGGCCUUUUUUGUGGCCAUCGUGGGGAUGACCCUGACAGUGCUGGCCGUGGGCACAGAAUUCUGGGUGGAGCUCAACACCUACAAGCAGAACCAAUCCCUCGUCUGCGAGGCGGCCCACUAUGGCUUGUGGAAAUUUUGCCACAAGAAACUCUGGAUGGAUGUUGUGGAGGAGGAGAGGGCUACCUGUGGACCCGCAGAGCUGCCUGGAGAAGCCAACUGUUCUUAUUUCAAAUUCUUCACUACUGGGGAGAAUGCUCACAUCUUCCAGAGGACUACUAAAAAAGAACUGAACAUCACGGCAGCUAUUGUGUCCCUCGUCAGCAUCACCCUAAUGGCCAUGGGGUCCCUCUGCAUCACGGUGGCUCUGAGCAAAGGGGUUGAAUUUCUCCUGAAACCAGCAUCUUGCUUCUUUAUCAUAUCAGGCAUUAUGGUGCUCAUAUGUCUGGAGGUUUUCCGGCACUCGGUUCGAUGGCUUAUCACCUCGGAUGAGACCAUCCCACUGGAGUACGAGUAUUCCUGGUCCGUGGCUUGUGCAGUGGCGGCUGGGGCUAUCCUGAUCUUUGGCGGAGGCUGUUUUAUCCUUUUGUCCAUGCCUGGCUUGCCCAAAAAGCCCUGGGAAUACUGCAUGAAAAGCCGCAGCAGCAGCAGCAACGCUUCCUAAAAACCGUACGGGAGAGAAUCCCAAAGUCUCUCUUUCUCUCAUUCUGCCAACAAACACAAUCAUACACACACACAAUGACACACAAAAACAUACAUAUACCUCCACCCACCCCCUAGGGGGCAGAAAGAACCGACCUUCUCCCUCCUACAUGCCUGCCCCCUUUCUCCAUCCUCUGGACUCAGUUUUCUCCCAUCCCUGUUUUGUGACUUGUAAAUAGAACCUCUAGUGCUUGUUUUGUUUUAGAUUGGCGGGGAGGGGGGGCGGCUAUGAGGAAAGGGCUCUGCUUGUGAAUGAGGGGACAGCUGUGCUAAUGAACUGAGAAAUUACGAGGGGAGGGAGGAUAAAGGGCUGUAUUUUAAACCCGGUUUUUAUAAAUGGCUAUUUAUAGCUCAAUGGA